GGAUCAUCCGGUGCAUCGCAGGCUAUCGCUGUCUUUGAGCUGAAUCGUUGCAGAGCGAUAGCUGGGGUUGAAACAACAUGGGGGCACUGCCCGAGCGAGGGGUUGCCGUAGGUCAUGCCGCUGCAUGGGCUAACAUUAAGAGACAAGGCCAGACCUCCAAAACAUAACUAACUAUCAAUUCUGCUCCACUAUACUUUUGUGUAAGCUUGUAAUUAGGAACGGAUUGCCUGCCGUUGAUACAGCAGUAGACUUGACAUCACUGGGCGGAAGAGACGACUAUUAUAUAAUGCAGCUUAUGAAGCUGCUACAUCUAGUAUGGUGUUCUUGCGGUCAAAGCUUUUCCUGCGUCACGACCAAGCGCUUCCGGCGGCGUGUCUACUACUAGAUGCCGACGAUGGAAAGGAAUUUUGCCCACACUCGCUGUGUGAAUCAGUGACUGGCAAUAAUACUACGCUAGGAUCCAUCGUCGUGCCGGAUGGAUCAGAGUCGGCGUUGGUAUUGCUCAGAAGGGCACACCGCCACGGCGCCCGAACCACUGUACAGACAGCGUUAGAUGUAGGAUGGCUCUGUGGUGCUAGGAGCUGUGCUGGAUUGAUGUAGCGGUCAUGGUGGCAGUGUUACUGUCAGCAAAUACAUUAGGGUUGCACUAGUGCGUGGCGCCGCCACCUUGGGCGUGAUGGUUGCACGGGCUGCAGGGGCUCCCCUGGUUGGAGGCGCUAGAGCCUCCGCGCAGCCAUGUCAGGGACAGGCACAUACGCGCAUGUGCAUGUAACGCACAUCAGAGAACACGCGCACCCACACGAUCCACUCGCAGGGAGCGUGGGUUUAAGGGCCAGAUGUUUGUGCAAUAGCCGGCCAGGUAUAUUCAGCCAGUUAUAUCCGGCCACAUAUAUGCGGCCGGAUGUUGCCAGGUGUAUCCGGCCCAGAUAAUAUCCGGCCUCCCACCGGUUUAUACAUCCAAUUAUAGUCCGCGGCAUGUUUAGAAAAAUAUGUCGGA